GCAGGAGUGGCGUCACGCCAGCCAGGGCGAGCGUUGCCUGUAACUAGCCGAGGAUAAGAAGUUCGCCUGUGGGGGCGGACGCUGCUCCAGCAUCAGAUAUGGGCGACAAAAAGGAUUUAGAAUGCGGCGACCUAGCAUUGGAGGGCGGCCGCAAGCCCAUGGAACUGCCUACUCUGCCUAAAGCCCUCACUUUAGAGGAAAAGAAAUACCUCCUCGCCGUCGAGAGAGGCGACAUGGGCAACGUCAGGAGGAUUCUCCAGAAAGCUCAUCGCCAGAAACACAUCGACGUGAACUGCGUGGACUCCCUCGGCCGAGGGGCCCUGACCCUGGCCAUAGAUGGGGAAAACAUGGAGAUGGUGGAACUCCUGGUCAUCAUGGGCGUGGAGACCAAAGACGCGUUGCUUCAGUCCAUCAACGCGGAGUUUGUGGAGGCUGUGGAACUUCUGCUGGAGCAUGAAGAGCUAAUACAUAAGGAUGGGGAGAAAUACAGCUGGCAGAAAGUGGACCCGAACACGGCGAUGUUCACGCCAGACAUCACGCCACUGAUGCUGGCAGCGCACAAGAACAACUACGAGAUCCUCAAGAUCCUGCUCGACCGCGGAGCCACGGUGCCCAACCCUCAUGACGUAAGGUGCGGUUGUGAAGAAUGUAUCCGCGAGUCUACCGAAGAUUCCCUCCGGCACUCUCUAGCGCGUCUGAACGAGUACAGGGCUCUGGCAUCGCCUUCGCUCAUUGCCUUGUCUUCCACCGACCCCAUACUGACUGCCUUUCAGCUCUCGUGGGAGCUGCGGAACUUGGCUUUUGCGGAACAGGAAAGCAAAGCCGAAUAUCUCGAACUCCGUCGCCAAGCUCAGAAGUUCGCUGUGGACUUACUGGACCAGUCGCGCAGCAGCCAAGAGCUGGCCAUUAUCCUGAACCACGAUCCUGACGAGCCGGGGUUUGUUGAAGGAGACCACAUGAAACUGGCAAGAUUGGAACUGGCUAUCGAUUUUAAACAGAAGAAGUUUGUCGCUCACCCCAACAUCCAGCAACUUCUAGCAGCCAUCUGGUACGAAGGCGUCCCAGGGUUCCGUCGGAAGACCGCCAUGGAAAAGAUUAUGAUCAUCUGCCGCGUCGCCCUGCUCUUCCCGUUCUAUUGCACCCUGUAUAUGAUCGCUCCGAACUGUGCUACCGGAAAACUGAUGAGGAAACCGUUCAUGAAGUUCUUGAUUCACGCGUCUAGUUAUUUGUUCUUUCUAUUGAUUCUGAUCCUGGUGUCCCAAAGAGCGGAGGUGCAAGCGAUACAACUAUUCGGACCGGAGUGGAUGGUGAAAGAGCUGGAGAAGGAACUCCUCAAGCAGAGAGGGAACGGGCCCACGUAUCUGGAGCUGGUGGUUGUCGUCUACGUCCUUGGUUUCAUCUGGGAAGAAACUCAAGAGAUCUACAUAGAAGGCAUCCGCUCCUACCUCCGAAAUAUGUGGAACUUCAUAGACUUCACCAGGAAUUCUCUCUACGUGGCCGUGGCCUUGCUUCGGUUCGCAGCCUACUGGCAGCAGAUCACAGAGAUCAAUAGAGACCCCCAGACCAAGUUCAUCCCGAGGGAAAACUGGGACGCUUUCGACCCCCAACUCAUAGCAGAGGGGCUGUUCGCUGCUGCUAACAUUUUUAGUGCCUUGAAGCUGGUUCACCUUUUCUCCAUCAACCCGCACCUGGGGCCGCUGCAGAUCUCUCUUGGACGAAUGGUCAUCGACAUCGUGAAGUUCUUCUUCAUCUACAGUUUGGUGCUCUUCGCCUUCGCUUGUGGUCUAAACCAACUUCUCUGGUACUUUGCCGACCUGGAAAAAAGGAAGUGCUAUGUUUUACCGGGCGGCCUGCCCGAUUGGGACAACGCGGGCGAUUCUUGUAUGAAGUGGAGGAGUUUCGGGAACGUGUUCGAGGCGUCCCAAUCUCUCUUCUGGGCCUCCUUCGGCAUGGUGGGGCUGGAGAACUUCGAGCUGGCCGGCAUCAAGAGCUACACGCGGUUCUGGGGGCUGCUGAUGUUCGGAUCAUACUCCGUCAUCAACGUCAUCGUGCUCCUCAACUUGCUCAUCGCUAUGAUGUCCAACUCGUAUGCCAUGAUUGACGAACACUCAGACGUGGAGUGGAAGUUCGCCAGGACGCGCCUCUGGAUGAGUUAUUUCGAAGAGAGCGCGACGCUACCGCCGCCUUUCAACAUCAUGCCCACUCCCAAACUGCUGCUCAAGAUGCUGGGGUUGAGGAAGAAGGAUAAGCAGAGGAAGAUGAAGACGCAGGAGCAAAAAGAGAAAGAGAUAGACGUCCGCUACACAGCAGUGAUGCGGGCACUCGUGUGGAGAUACGUCUCCGCCAUGCACAGAAAGAUGGACGACGAGCCUGUGACAGAAGACGAUAUCAACGAGCUGAAGGGAGACGUGUCAGCUCUGAGAUACGAGCUGCUAGAAGUAUUUGAGAAGAACGGCAUGGAUGUGUCGUUCACAGAUCGAAAGGAGAAGGCUGUCCUGGGCAAACGCAUGAAAGUAUGGGAGCGUCGCCUUAUGAAGAACUUCCAAGUAGCCCCUGUGGCGGGGGUAGAUGAAGAAAGGCCUGCCGAUGAAGACGGCCUGUCCAGGUUCAGGAGGAUAGCCAAGAUGGCCGUCGCCAACACCACUAACGCCAAGUGGGACCAGACACUGGCGCAGACUGGCAUAUCGAGUCAAAUCGGCCGGUGCCGCACGCGCGAAUCGUUCAAGAACCAGCAGAACUUACAGCGGGCUAUGGAGGAGGCUAGAAAGCUGGUCUUGAGAUCACCAUUGCCAGGAUCCCGAGGUGCAUCUCCCAUCGAGAUGCCGCUAACUCCUGGCCACACUCUUCUGGAGCUCAUCAAGGAUAUCUCCACGGAGGUUGGAGAGCCACUUCCUACAUCACCUUCGCCCAAGUCUCCGUUACCAGGUGACAGUGGCAUGGGCGCGCUCCUCACUGCUGCAGCCAGCGCGCGUUCACCGAGCCCAGCUCAGCUUCAGCAAUCCGCAGCUCCUUCUAAGCCUGCGUCUAAGGCCCCGACGCCCGUGCCGACCCCGCGCGGGCCGAGCCCCGUGCCCAGCCCGCGGUCCAUCAGUCCGCAGCCUGAGGAGCAGCAACCAGAACCAAGUCCACUGAAGGCGAAGCGAGUGCCAGGAGAGUCAUCACCUCCCAAAGUGAUCAAGAGGAAGCCUCCAGUGCCACCAGCGCAGUCGGAUGACCAAGCAUCGGAGGCUCCUGCAGACAGCAAGCCGGCCGAAGACAUCGCGGUGGCGCGGCCAGUGGCUCCCGAGAUUAAGCCCGCGGAAGGCGCCAUUCCGCCCCCGCCCCCGGCCAAGCCCAAGGUAACUUGGCCCAUUGCUUGGCUUGGUUUUCUGUCGUAUCUAAAGUACGGCCAACUAGCAGCGAUACAAAAGGCGCCAGCAGCGCCUACAAUGGAGGUGACCCCUAGCACGCCGCCGGUGCACGCGCCGCCGAAAUCGCCCACGCCGCCGCCGCCGAAGUCACCCUCGCCUACGCCGCCGAAAUCACCUUCGCCUACGCCGCCGAAACCGCCCACGCCUCCUAAGUCGCCGUCUCCCACGCCUAGAGUCGCCUCGCCGCAGCCUUCUAUCUCUGCUGUAGCGCCUCCAGCGCCACCUUCGCCGCCCAAACGUCUCUCUUCCACGUCCAGCACGGAACAGCUGAUUCCUCCUGCCUCGCCCGAGCCCCUGCGAGGAGCCAAGAAGCUGGAUGACAUCAAGACCAUUAAGAGACAGCCCAAGACUGGCUGGCUCUAAACCACUGCCUACUAGUGCUUGUGCCUUUGUCAAACGCUUGACACGAAUCCAAAUGCGUGAUAGCUUUCAGAAUAACUAGCCACAGGUGGAUGUGUACCAAAUAAAGAUUUAGUGACGUUUACUAGUCUUUUUGUAGGAUCUCCAAGAUUUGAUAGCUGAAAUUUCCAUCUUCAUUAAUUUAUUAUAGGAGGUUUUUAAAUGAAACGUAUUACCUAAAGGACUAAAGGAUUCCAUCAAAACCUUAAUGUUGUCCAAGACUUGUGGAUUUACUUCUUUUAUUACCACUGCCCACAAUAUUUAUUAUAAUAUUUAGGAAUUGUUUGUCCCUUAUCAACCGUCCAUUUAGUCUCAGUAGAUACUAACACACAUUAUAUCGUAUGUCGUAACUUAUGGAUUUGUUAUUUAUUUGUUCUUUGCGAAUAAUCUGCCGAAGUUUUGAAGAAGUUUGAUUUUGAAAUACUAUUCUCAUUGUUGCUUUGUGGAAGAAAAAAUCUGGCAUGGUUAUUGUAAAACUAAUUUGAUGUAAAAAUCCAAAACCUUUUUCACUUGUAGGUGACCCAAUAAAAUUAAAACGUAGCACGCAUAAAAUUUGAAUGUCCAAUAAAGUAACACGUCAUAAAAUUGUCGCGCGCCCCUCGAUUCACCGUCGGUCAGGUGACAAACAAGCGAGCAGAGCGCGUAGUUUCAGAGCGUCAAAUUCAUGACUAAUGUGAAUGUCUGAUAGACCCUCUCGUCGCUGGAACACGUGAAAUUCGACUCUGAACCGAUGGUUAGCGAAUAUACAUAACGUUGUGCAGGACUCAGUCACAGAAAUGUGUCUUAUUAAAGAGGUUUUGAGUUAGAAAAGGGUCAAAAGUGACACCAAAUGGUUCGUGUAAUAUUACACUCGGCGCUUUUCAUAUUGUAACUACUUAAUCUCGUUUAAUUUAUUUGUGUAGUAUAAGAACUACGCAAUCGGCCGAUAGUUGGUUCAGCGUCUUAAUUAGUGUGAGGAAUCGGCCGAUACCAAAUCGGUGUAAUAUGCGCUACGUUUUCAUACUGAUUAACAGCCUGACUAAACCAACUAAACUAUCAACCGACAAAAACUCUGUAUCUGCGAGGACUCAAUGUAAUUUUAACCAAAACGAUCCGAUUUUUUUUUGUAUUAUUCAAAUCCUUUGAACUCAAUAGGCUCUAAUAUAUUCGUAGAACCAUCUAUUAGAUUUGGGAUGAUAAAGUUUUCCAACUUUAUAUGCGCUGAAUAGAUCUUGAUUGACCAAGUGUGGAUUAAAUUACUUAGGUAUGAUUUACUUGAAAAACUUCAGUUCCUUCACGCAUACUAAGAGGGUAGAUUUUCUGAUAGUUUUCUUUAGAUUUUCUGUGAGCUACUUACCAAGAAAAAUAUUUUUCAAUAGCUCCAGCUACAUCGCAUAUCUUUUCUAAUUUAUUUUAGUACUUAACUUUAAAUUCGCUAAAUGAUGUCUACGAACUCUACAGAAGGUUUGCACAGUUGUAUUUUUAUUUAUUGCUCUAAUGUUACGUUAUAAUUAUUUUUCUUAGACAAGUUACGUAAUUGUAGUCUGAAUUUGUAUGCAAAACAAAAUUAAAAAACCAAACCCCUACACAUAGUCUAUCUAAUAUUAUGUAACGUUAAGAAUAUUUUUCAAGAAUUAUGGCAACAAUUUGUUAGACAAGAAUUUAUCCUUACCUCUUCCCUGUAGUAUCAAAGUUAACCAUGCUCAUACAUUAUUUCUCGUUGUCUUGUUAAUUAAUAACAUGCCCUAUUGAUAAGCUUACCUUUAUAUUUUGUACCCAAAUUGUAAAACAAUUAUUGUACUUGACAAUAAAUUACCUAACCAUCGUA